CACUUAAAAUGUAGUUAAAAUACCUUGUGCAUGAAUGAUAGACAAUUGAAGCAGGUUAACCAACUUACUAGAGUGACUUGACGCAUAGAUUAUAUUUGACGUUUUGGUCGGCCAUUUUGCAGUUUCUACGGUCACUGCUACACGUGUUCUAUUCAUAAAAUGGCAGUGACAAAGAAGCCGGCGCCUAAAAAGGCUCAAUUGAACCAGAAGACUGGCAAGAAGGGUGUCAAAGGUGGCAAAAUCCGCGGCAAGGGAAGCAAAAGGAAAAUCAACCUCAGAUUUGUGAUUGAUUGCACUCAUCCCGCUGAAGACAAUAUUCUUGAUGUCGGCAACUUCGAGAAGUACUUGAAGGAGCGCGUCAAAGUCGAGGGCAAAACAAAUAACCUAGGCAAUCACGUUGUCAUCGCUAGGGACAAGACAAAAGUGGCAAUCAACGCAGACAUUCCGUUCUCCAAGAGGUACUUGAAAUACCUGACAAAGCGUUACCUUAAGAAGAACAACCUGCGUGACUGGCUGCGUGUUGUGGCGUCAGAGCAUGAUGCAUAUGAACUGCGCUACUUCAACAUCAACGCGGACAGUGAUAAUGAAGAUAAUGAAGAUUAAGUUCAAUAACAUUAAAUAGUUUUACACUAAA